CCCCUUCUCAGAAUCCGCAGAUUGGACAGAAUCUUCAUCUUCAUCCAGUCAACUGCCUGAUGGCUGUCCACCGAAAAGAGACUCGGCCUUGGGAAGGCAGCAUCAUCACAAGCUGGAGCGGCGAGUUUGAGAACCUCGAUGGCAAAGGACACGGGGCAAAGCUGGAGGCAUUAUGCAUGGUGGUGAGUUGAUCAAGUCCGCUGACUCGACUGCUUGUGACUGCUUCCUAGCCUUACAUUGCAUUUUCAUUGCAGAGUUGGGCCGGAGGCCUUGAAGCCAAGCUCAACACCAUGAAGUAUCACCACUCCAGCUCCUUCAUCUCGCUAUCCCGCGAUCGAGACUCUGGCCGGGUAUUUGUCGAUCCUGAGACUGGGGGCCCGCGUAUUGACUACACCACUUCUGAUUUCGACCGCGAGAACAAUCUCGAGGGCAUCAUUGGCCUUGCCAAGGUUGCCUACGUUAGCGGCGCAGCGGAGAUGCGAGUGCAUUACCCCGGCGUGCCGCCGUUCCUGCCCAAUGCCGCGGAGCAGGAGAAGCACGUCCAAGACAAAGACCCCGAGUUCACGGACGCUGCCUUUGCCAAGUGGCUGCAACAAGUCCGCACCGCGGGCAACAAGCCGCCUCUGACGUCCUUUGGCUCGGCGCACCAGAUGGGAACGUGCAGAAUGAGCGCCACCAAGGAGUCUGGCGUGGUGGACCAGAGGGGAAGCGUCUGGGGCACGAGCAAUCUGUACGUUGCGGACAGUAGCGUGUUCCCGAGCGCGAGCGGCGUCAACCCCAUGGUUACCGUCAUGGCCAUCGCCGACUGGAUAUCACGGGGUGUCUCUAAGGAGCUGUAGGGAGCUGUAGGGAGACGAUGGACGAGAAAGCUUCACCCCUUGGCCUGGGAGGCUCAUUGGAUGGAUAUAGGGACAGGCCUGUAUCCGCACGGGGAAUCUAGAAGCAGGGGCAAUUGGAUAGAGACAUUGCUGUUUCAUCUUUUCAACCUAUGGGGAACGAGACUCAAGCGCUUUCGGUGGCCGGGAACGCAUAAGGAAAGGAUUCGGGAAGGCCCAGAUUUGAUAGCUCGCCAUACUAGACGAAGAAGGGAAAGCCACUCAAACAGUGCCGCCUUGCUUCCACGGAGAGACCUCUUCAGGUUGAUGUUGUCCUCGAUGAGGCCAUGAUUCCGCGUUUCCUCUGCCCAACGACGCAACAACGCAACACCGAAGCGUGCCGCUCAGCCAUGUCAUGCUCGUACUUGGGCAUGAAUGAGUCAA